AUGAUGAAAGUGAGAAUCCAAGCCAAACCACAUAAUAUUAGCAUUAUCCAAUGCUACGCUCCAACCAGCCAAGCCACUGAAGAAUUAGAAAGUUUCUAUGACAGCUUGCGAGAAACACUAGACAACAUACCAAACAGAGAUGUCAGAGUCAUCAUGGGUGACCUGAAUGCAAAAGUUGGCAAAUUAGACAUAAGACACAACGCCCAUGGAAAAUUUGGUCAAGGAAAACAAAAUGAAAGAGGAGAAAAGUUAAUUGAAUUCUGCAACUCCAACAAUCUAGUUAUUACCAACACACUGCUCCAACAUCAUCCAAGGCAUCUCUGUGUCAAAAAUACCAGAACUAGACCAGGAGCUGAUUGCAACAUUGAUCAUCAACUACUAACAAUGGAUAUCAGAUUCAGCCUUAAGAAGAUGAAACGAGAAACAAUACAAAAAAGGUUUAAGAACAAAUUAGAAGAAAUCUCAGAACAAGCAGAUUACAAAAAAGCAUUCGACACCGUGGUUCAUGAUACUCUCUGGAACGACAUGAAAAAUUUGGGUUUCCCCAUACACGUCAUAAAACUUAUGAUCAACAAAAGGCGACUGUUCGAACGUCAUACGGAAUGA